GCCCAAGAUCUGGAAUAACCUGACCCGACUUCCCCUUGAAUAUACCCGUUUCUCUUCAGUGUACCAAUUCAUCCGAUCUGCCAUCUCUCUCUCUACCCAGCCAGACGGUCGCACGCUAUAUUACUCUCUUCGUUUCCGAUCUCCCUUCCUCUUAGGUCGGGCGCAGUCUACACCACGCCCUUCGUCUAAUAUGUUGAGCAGUGAAUAGAUCGAGCUCAUAGGGUGUUGUCAAGUUUCAUUUUUUUUUAUGCAAAUACAGUUUUAAGGAGAAACCUAGAACAAUAGUAGCAACAAGGAAAGAUGGUUGCACAGAAGAUCGAAACUGGUCACAAUGACAUAGUUCACGAUGUGUCCAUGGAUUACUAUGGGAAACGGUUGGCGACAGCUUCAUCGGAUGGCACGAUCAAAAUAAUUGGUGUGAGCAACAACUCCACCUCACAACACCUUGCCACCCUGACUGGUCACCACGGUCCAGUUUGGCAGGUUUCAUGGGCCCACCCCAAAUUUGGGUCCCACCUUGCUUCUUGCUCCUAUGACGGUAAAGUCAUCAUAUGGAAGGAAGGCAAUCAGAACGAGUGGAUGCAGGCUCACCUUUUCAGCGACCACAAGUCCUCAGUUAAUUCCAUUUCAUGGGCCCCUCAUGAACUUGGGCUUUGUUUGGCCUGCGGAUCCUCUGAUGGAAACAUAUCGGUUUACACGGCCAGAUCGCAUGGAGGAUGGGAUGCCACAAGAAUAGACCAGGCCCACCCUGUCGGGGUUACUGCAGUCUCUUGGGCUCCUUCUAUGGCCCCGGGUGCUUUGGUUGGGUCUGGAGCGCUCGAUCCCGUCCAGAAGCUCGCAUCCGGCGGGUGUGAUAACACUGUGAAGGUUUGGAAGCUAUAUAAUGGUGUUUGGAAGAUGGAUUGCUUCCCUGCCCUUAAGAUGCACGAUAACUGGGUGAGGGACGUUGCGUGGGCCCCCAAUUUGGGACUUCCAAAAUCAACGAUCGCAAGUGCUUCAGAGGAUGGUAAGGUUGUGAUAUGGACCGUGGGCAAAGAAGGAGAUAAGUGGGAGGGUAAGGUGUUGAAUGAUUUUAAGAAUCCUGUUUGGAGGGUGUCUUGGUCUUUGACAGGGAACCUGCUGGCUGUUGCAUCUGGUGAUAACAGUGUCACAUUAUGGAAUGAAGCAGUCGAUGGGGAGUGGCAAAGGGUCACAACAGAUGACCAGUAAGGCUUUUACGGUUGGUUGUUUGGUUGGUCUAUGUCUCUUUUAAUAGAUUUUUCACUGGAUUUGAGUUGGAGUACUCUCUUUUUUUGUUUAUUGGUUAAAAGUUGUCCUUUAUUUUUUUUGUUAAUGUUGGGACUAGGGAUGCCUGUUUCUACUCACUACAGGGGUUGAAGAAAUAUGGAUGUAUUCAUACUCAUUGCCUUGGUUAUACUACGUAUAAAAUCUUAUAUGACUCAAAUUCAGGGUGUUUUGUAAUUGUUUGCUCUUGGCUUGUGCUUAAUUACAACAUGCACACUCACAAACAAUGAAGUUUGCAAAUUACCCAUCAUAUAUUAAAAC